CCCACCCAGUGUCCCGGCAGAGGAGCUACAGAUGCAGUUGGCGCUGUCCCUCAGCAAAGAGGAACACGACAAGGAGGAGCGGCUGAGACGUGGCGAUGAUCUGCGUCUCCAGAUGGCCAUCGAAGAGAGUCAGAGACACACUGAGGUGCAGACCGGCCAGGGUGAGUCCUCCCUCAUGGACCUGGCAGACGUUUUCGCCCCACAGGCAGCCCCCUCCCCCUCUGACCCCUGGGGAGCGCCGUCACACCCCCCAGCCGCCUCCCCAGCCCCUCUGCCUGACCCCUGGGGCCUUCCAACCGCCGACCCCUGGGGCGUCCCUCGUCAGGUCCCACUGCUCCCCCCGUCCUCCUCUGGCGACGCCUGGGGAGGGAGCGUCGUUCCCGGGAGACCUGUCCCCCCCUCGGAUUCCUGGGACGCUUCAGGUACCCAGCCGACUCUGCCAGUUCCAGCUGAGAGCUGGGCCCCUCUGCCCGCCCCCGCGUCUCAGCCCCCUCCCUCGCUGGACCCCUGGGCACCGCUGGCAGCGCCCAAGAGCGAGACGCUGCCCCCUACAGCCGGCCUCCCGAGCUAUGAGACGUUGGAUGCUAAAGCAGAUGAAGAUGAAUUUGCUGAAUUUGAUGCGCUCCGGGCUCCUCCCAUCGCCCAGGACACCAGUGCAGUUGAGCCGAAUCUGUUAGCCGGAGAGGUUCCAGCCUUGCGGGUGGAGGGCGGUAAUGCCCCAGACCUGUUUGACAUCUCACCCGCAGUGCAGACCCCUGUGCCCGCUGCCCGAAAGACGCCCGAGUCGUUCCUGGGCCCCAACGCUGCACUGGUCGACCUGGACGCGCUGGUGUCUAACAACGUGAAGAGCUGCAACCCGUUCCUGGCCACAGGUGGCACCACCCCUUCCUCAGGGAGUAACCCCUUCGGCCCCUCCUCCCAGAGUCUCUCCCUCAACCAGCUGCGCGCCAGCCCUGUCCUGUGCCCCUCCUCGGGCACCGCCACCCCUCCCCCCCUCCUCCUCCUCCCGGUGCCCGCUCCCCACCCGCUUGUGUCUCACACCCCGACCACCACCACCUCGACCAGCAGCCCCAGUACCACCAACCCCUUCCUGCUAUAACCUGGGGUGGGAGGGGGGUGGGUGAGGGUUACAGAUGGCCGUCUUCCCCCCUCCCUCUCCACCUGGUGUUUUCCCCCCCCCUUCCCCACCCCCCCUCUCUGCCUCUCGUUUUUUUUUCCCCCCCCAGACCCUGGGACGUUAGAGAACGUGGGAUUUACCGCCCCCCACCUCUCACUCCCCGAACCACCCCCCUCCCACACAUCACGGUGCCUUGUUCAUUCGCUCCCCCACCCCUGGUGAAAAGGGACCUCCCUCCCUCCCUCCCCUCCCUCAGAAUUCGCCGUCGCAAGAUCCCUGUCCCACAGGAGGGACCCAAGGCAGUUACCCAUGUUGUUUUUGGGUCUGUGAUGUGUCUGUCUCUCUCUCUGUCUGUGGGUUUGGGAGGGACCAAGAAUGAAUGUACAUUUUUAAGAUAAUUUAUUUUACUCGCGUGUAUCUGUCUGCGUAUGUACAUAACCGAUACCUUUGAGAAAAAUAUAUAUAUCUAUAUAUAUAUAUAUAUAUAAUAUGUAUAAAAAAAAGGAAGGGGCUAUCUUUUGCUAAACUCUUAAGCUUUUCAGGGGAGCGUGACG